CGCCCACGCCCAGGCCUGGCGCUGCGCCUCUCCGCUGCCAGCGUUCCCACCGCCCACGGCCGCCCGCGUUCCCGCCGCCCGCGUCCGCCCCGCGUCCCCGAGUCCCCGCGUCCCCGCAUCCCGAGCGGCCGCGCCCCCUGAACCGGAACCGCUUGCGGCCGCCGGCGCGGAGCCGGACCGACCGGGUAGCGGAGGCGGCUGCGCGGCGCCCGCCAUGGCGGCGGCGGGGUGAGCCGGGCCGGGCGGCCGCAGUCGCGCGGGCGCGGGCGCUCCUCCGCCGCGGACAGGCCGCCGGGCCGGGCGAGGGGAGCCGGGCCGCCCAUGGCGAGGCCGCGCCGCCGCCGCCGUUGCUGACCCGGGGCCGCGCUGGGGCCGGGGCGCCCGCCAUGGGGAACACCGCCUCGUGCUGCGUGUCGUCCAGCCCCAAGCUCCGCAGGAAUGCCCACUCGCGGCUGGAGUCCUGCCGGCCCGACGCCGACCUGAGCCGCGAGGACACGGGCUGCAACCUGCAGCACAUCAGCGACCGGGAGAACAUCGACGAUUUCAACAUGGAAUUCAAUCCUUCAGACCAUCCUCGGGCCAGCACAAUAUUCCUCAGUAAAUCUCAGACGGACGUGAGAGAAAAACGCAAGAGUCUCUUCAUUAACCAUCAUCCUCCAGGACAAAUAGCAAGGAAAUACAGCUCCUGCUCGACUAUUUUCCUAGAUGAUAGCACAGUCAGUCAACCAAACCUCAAGUAUACAAUUAAAUGUGUAGCUCUCGCAAUAUAUUACCACAUCAAAAACAGGGACCCAGAUGGAAGGAUGCUCUUGGAUAUUUUCGAUGAGAACCUUCACCCUCUUUCGAAAUCCGAAGUGCCACCAGAUUAUGACAAACACAACCCAGAGCAGAAGCAGAUUUACCGGUUUGUUCGGACACUGUUCAGUGCUGCUCAGCUGACUGCGGAAUGUGCCAUUGUCACCCUGGUGUACCUCGAAAGGCUUCUAACGUACGCAGAGAUUGACAUCUGUCCGGCCAACUGGAAGCGGAUUGUUCUGGGGGCCAUCCUGCUGGCCUCCAAGGUAUGGGACGACCAGGCCGUGUGGAACGUGGACUACUGCCAGAUCCUGAAGGACAUCACGGUGGAGGACAUGAACGAGCUGGAGCGACAGUUCCUCGAAUUGCUCCAGUUCAACAUCAACGUGCCCUCCAGUGUUUAUGCCAAGUAUUAUUUUGAUCUUCGUUCUCUGGCGGAAGCCAACAACCUGAGCUUCCCCUUGGAGCCCCUUAGCAGGGAGAGGGCCCACAAGCUGGAGGCCAUCUCCCGCCUCUGCGAGGACAAGUACAAGGACCUGCGAAGACCCACGAGGAAGCGGUCAGCGAGUGCUGACAAUCUGACUCUGCCCAGGUGGUCCCCGGCCAUCAUCUCCUAACCGUGGGCGUCCCCGCUGGCGGCCGUGCCAUCCCUCAGUUUCUCGUUUAGUUCGAGAAAAGACAGUCUUGGGGUGGUUUUGUUUUGUUUCUCCUUUCCUUUUUUUAAAAUUCAUAGCUCCGCCAGGCUGCCUUGAUGAGCGCCUCCACGCCGCGCGCACGGGCAGCAGGGCUCCGAGGAAGCCAAGUCGGUACCGUGGGAUCCAGUCCGCGCCUUCCCAGCCCCGGAACAGCGCUUCCUUCGUGGAGGAAAGACUCUAACCCUGGAGGAGGAAGGGAAGGGAAAGGAAGUCGGCUAGAGGCAGGGAAAGCGGCUUGGCCAUUUCCUAAGCCCCCCACCGUCGGUCAGUAGCCGGAACCGACAGGAAAGCCCGGCGUAGGCGACGAAGUUGGAUGUGCAUUAAAGUCGCGCGCCGCGUUCACCGCCCCACCCGGAUCAGUAUGUCCCGUAAGACUUCUUGCAUUCCUUCUUGCUGCUUCUCGGGGAUUUGGGGGGGAUUUUUGUUUGUUUUAUUCUGUUUUGGUUUUGGUCCCACAGAGCAGAGAAUAUAGUUUGUACCCACCAUCGCACAGACAUCCAAAUAAAUAGUACUGGCUGUUUCUCUCUGCACAACUCCUGCGAGCUGUCUUCUGAGCUUUCUUCCUCUCCAGGGGGAGCGCUUGUCACGUUUCUGUGCACCUUUAUUUUAGACGGUUUUUCCACAGUGGCGGAAUCAACUUGACUGUAGUGCUGAACCAAACGUAGCCCUUCCCCCCGACUCCUCCCCCAGGAACAUUCUAGAUCACAUGGGUGCUUGUGCCUUCCGGUCCUGCGGUGGUUUCUCUCUGCCCUGACAUCCUGGUGGAGGCUGCGCCCCCGCGGGCCGCGUGGGAGCCCUUCCUCCCCUGCCCACCCCCCUCCUCUACUUCCACGUCCAUUGUGCAAGCAAUAUGCCUCUCAAUUUUUAUAUGUUUACUUUAAAUCAAAGUUAGUCUAUUUGUAUAAAAUUUUUUAAAAAUCUAAAAUUUAAAAAAACGGGGGUGGGGGUGGGUAUUCCCAUGGAAGAUCAUUGAAGGGCAAAAUGUUCCUAUUUACUGAGGUAUUUUUCACAGAAUGAUUGAAUAAAAAACAACUUGCAUUUUCA